AUGACCGACAUUCCAGUUGCCAAGGGGAAUUUUCUCCUUGAUGACUUCCUUUAUUGCUUUCAGACACCGGUCUGGCAGAUACAGAGAAAGAACGUCACAGAAGUGACAGAAUUCAUCUUCCUGGGAUUCUCUUUCUUUGGAAAGCACCAGAUAACCCUCUUUGUGGUUUUCCUAACCAUCUACAUUUUAACUCUAGCUGGUGACAUCGUCAUUGUGACCAUCAUCCGUGUUGACCAUCUUCUCCGCACUCCCAUGUACUUCUUCCUGAGCAUGCUGGCGAGUUCUGAGGCUGCGUACACACUGGUCAUUGUCCCACGAAUGCUUUUCAGUCUCAUUCUUCAUAACCAGCCUAUCUCCUUGGAAGGCUGUGCAACUCCGAUGUUCUUUUUUGUCACCUUGGCUGUAAAUAGUGGCUUCUUGCUCACAGCAAUGGGCUAUGACUGCUAUGUGGCUAUCUGCAGCCCUCUGAGGUACACUGUCGUCAUGAGUAAAGGAAUGUGUGCCGGGUUGGCAUGUGGGUCCUUUGGCACUGGUCUGGUAAUGGCAGUUCUCCAUGUAGCAGCCAUGUUCCACUUGUCCUUCUGUGGCACAGUGGUGGACCAUUUCUUCUGUGACAUUUACCCUGUCAUGAAGCUUUCUUGCACUGAUUCCACUAUCAAUGAGAUGAUCAAUUAUGGUGUCAGUUCCUCUGUGAUCCUGGUCCCCGUGGGCUUGAACUUCAUCACCUACAUCCUCCUUGUCUCCACCAGCCUCAAGAUCCCCUCCACCCGGGGCCGGAAGAAGGCCUUUGCCACCUGCACCUCCCACCUCACGGUGGUCAUCGUCCAUUACGGCUGCACCUCCAUCAUCUACCGCAAGCCCAAGUCAGAGAACUCAAUAGAAAAAGACCUUCUCUCAGUGACUUAUACCAUCAUCACUCCUUUGUUGAGCCCUGUUGUUGAACCCUGUUGUUUACAGUCUGAGGAACAGGGAGGUCAGGGAUGCUCUACGCAGAGCCGUGGGCAAAAACACUUCUUAACAGAUCGAAUCAUUUUGUCAGGAGACCUUUAGCCCAGUGUAAUGUGUGUCUGCUCACAAACAUGCCACAAUACACAAGUUCAUCAAGUACAGUGCUUCCCGAGAAGAACGCCAAAGAGUAGAAAUGCUUUUCUUUUUCAUGCUCUAGGGACAAGGCAGAGAGCAGGGUUAUGCUCUAGUGAAUUUGGUUCCUUCGACGCAGGAAUCCUGGCAAGCCGGAUGAGAACUACUUGCUUCUGUGACUCAGGGUUUGGGUUUUCAAACCUCUUCCGGCCCCCACUUUGCCUGGCUCCUCUUAGACCGUCAAAUCCUUGGCCUCGUCUGCAGAUGCGGAGAGGAGGCAGUUGGAGCAGAUGUGGACAGGGUCUUAGGAAAACGAGCAGCAGGCACAGCCCGGCGAUGGCUUUUAUCCUCAGGAGUUAAAUCACUUGCCCUGUGACAGUCAUUUCAGAGAGGGUUUCCUAAUUCUUGCUGACUGAGAAAUGAACAGCUUGGGGCGCCCGGGUGGCUCAGUCGGUUGAGCGUCCGACUUUGGCUCAGGUCAUGAUCUCACGGUUCGUGGGUUCGAGCCCCGCGUCGGGUGGAGCCCGGAGCCUGCUUCAGGUUCUGUGUCUCCCUCCCUCUCUCUCUGCCCCUCCCCAGCUUGCACCCUGUCUCUCCCUCUCAAAAAUAAACAAACAUUAAAAAAAUUAAAAAAACGAACGGCUUUCGCAAAAUCCCUUCUUUCGUUAUCCAGCCAAUGUGAGCUCCUGUGAAAGUAUUCAUUCGUUUCUACGUGUGUUUUUCCUCCUGUGCAAUCAAGGCAAAAACUCUCGUCCCCUAGAGGCUAAGCAGGGAGAGAAGGUAUUGGUGGCUUUUCUCUCUAAUUGCACUUUGAUCCAGGUGCGUUUCUUUUUUCAUAGAGACUGUUAUCAACCAUUAGAGGCUUUUGGGAUUUUUUAUUUCUAUGUAGCAGCUACGGUGGAUGGAUAGUUGUCAGGUAUUGGCUGUGCUGAUUCUAGAGCCUGAAGCAGAUGCCGUUAAAUCCCCUUCUGUCAGUAAACAGUAAAAACUUCCUGCUUGUCCUCUGUUUUUAUCAGAAGAGGCAUAGCCAUGCUACAUGAUGUUAUACCCUCAACGAGGAAGGUUGUUGGAAUGUUUUUAUAGACCUUCCUUCCCAUCAGUUUAUCUCCGCCCCAAGACGGAGCUGGAAGGCACUAAGAGACACAGAUCCGGAAGCAUUUGUUCCCAUACAGUCCUGGUCCUUCCUCAGUGUUACUCUGUCCCUAAGUCGGCUCCCGUCCCUUACUUUCUUUCCACUUGUAUUUUUCGGUUCUGCACCGUCGAAGUAGCACUGAGGUCUCUUGUAGGUGACCUGUCGUUUUCUCCUGCUCUGUAGAUCCUUCUGUGAGGAGAUCAAUAGCUGGAGGCUGAGAGGUCUCUGUCCAGCGUCCCCUGCGACAGGUUGUCACAGUCGGCCGCUCUUAAGAGCGGUCAUUGGCUAAUUACGAGCACCUGCUGUCCUUCUAGAAGAGGUAUCCUAGUCAUGUAAGGAGUGCUUGGAGGGGCCUCACAGGGCUUUGGAACUUUCUGAAAUCACCCAAUUGUGAGUACGAAGGUGAAUGUGCCCCUCCCUUCAGCUUCUUCAAGAAUUUUCCUUGGUGUAACUGUUUCUUCCCUGACGUCCUAGCAGAGAUGUGACAACAUCCAGCUUCCCUCUUCUACAGAUCCGUUGCUUCCACAGUUGCCCUAAACUCUCCCAAAGAAGCACUCCUUGAUCCCGUCCACGUUUGCCGCUGUGGGUCCUACUGCCUGGCCAUUGAGUUGGGGGAAAAGGAGGAGGGGGUGGGUGCUGCUUAGCUGGGAGGCUGAGGG